UGGGGUUACUAGCUUCGAGUUUAGGCUUCUUGGAUCUCAAUUUUCCAUGCAAUCGGUUCAGAUGGAUAAGCCACAUGUAGCUCUAAUUUCCAGCCCCGGUUUUGGUCAUUUAAUCUCAGUGAUUGAACUCGCUAAUCGCCUUGUCACCCAACACAACUUGAAAGCCACUGUUCUUGCCAUCACUUGCCAAACAUCAGAACCACAAACUCAGGUUCUGAAUUCAACGAUGAACCCCAAUCUAUGUGACAUCAUAGAGAUCCCUGGAGCAAAAAUCUCUUACCUUUUUGACCCUGACACCACCGUUCCAACACUGAGACAUCUUAACACCAUGAUGCACGAAACCAAACCCGCUAUUUUGUGUGCGCUUUCUAACAUGAAGCCAUGCCCUUCUACGAUCAUCUACGACCUUUUUUCGGUUAGUGCUUGUUUGUCCAUAGCACAAGAGUUGAAUAUGCAAAAGUUUGUUUACGUGGCUUCACAUGCUUGGUUUUUAUCAUUGGUUGCAUAUUCUCUUGUGUUGGACAAAGAAGCGGAAGGACAAUUCACGGACCAGAAAGAACCGAUUAAAAUCCCGGGUUGCAAACCGGUUCGACCGGAAGACGUUAUUGAUUCCAUUGUGGACCGGAACAGCGAGCAAUACCAAACGUAUUUAAGUAUGGUGAGUGGGAUCGUUGAAGGUGAUGCUUUUUUGGUCAACACUUGGGAGAAUCUUCAACACAAAGAGCUUCAAGCACUUAGGGAUCAGAUUCUAAAAGUUCCUGUGUAUGGAAUCGGGCCAGUUGUGAGGGAGGCCGAGUCAGCACCGAGUGAGUUGACCGAGUGGCUUGACAUGCAACCGAGCGAGUCAGUGAUUUAUGUGUCGUUUGGAAGCGUAGGGGCGCUGUCGUACGAGGAGGUAACAGAGGUGGCUUGGGGUUUGGAAAUGAGUGGUUAUAGAUUUGUUUGGGUGGUGCGUUUACCUUCUUUAACAACUUCAAUCGAAACUUUCUUUGGAAAAGGUAAAGAUGAUGAUGAUGGUGACCCUUUGAGCUACUUGCCAGAAGGGUUCUUAUUGAGGAACCAAAAAAUGGGUCUGUUGGUUACAGAAUGGGCUCCACAAGUUGCAAUAUUGAAACAUUCUUCUGUUGGGGGGUUCAUGUCGCACUGUGGUUGGAGUUCGACACUUGAGAGCAUUACAAACGGUGUUCCAAUGAUUGCAUGGCCUCUCUACGCGGAGCAGUGGAUGAACGCCACGUUGUUGGAGGAGGAGCUGGGUGUGGCGGUGAGAUUGGAAAGGAAGAAGGUGGUGGAGAGAGAGGAGAUAGCGAGGAAGGUGAGAGAGAUAAUGGAGGUGGAUAGAGAGGGGAAGCCGAACCCUAUUAGGGAAAGAGUGAAAGAGUUGAAACGCAGUGCAAUGAAAGCUGUUUCCGUGAAUGGGUCGUCGUACACUGCCUUGUCCGAAGUGGCGAAACGAUGCAAAGGGAGGAUGUGAAACUCAUCAAGUUUGGUCGUUUAGGUUCUAAUUAGAGGCACAUUAAUUUCAAAUGGAUCCAUUUCCCAUUCCAAAUAAAUCCCCUAUUGUACUAAGAUAAAAUGUUGCUUUUUUCUUUCUUUCUCUUUUUGGUACAAUAAAAUGUUGCUUUUAAAUUACUCUCUCUUAGUUUGGA